GCGAGGGGCAAGUAUACAAUAAAAAAAAUUUAAUUGUACCAAAAUAUCCAUUGCUUAUAAAUAUAAUAAAUAAUAGAGAUACAAUGCAUAAGAUUUAUUCGGAGCUGUGCUCCCACAGGCCACCGCAAAGACGUGGGAUCGUUUUUAAAGUUUCUUACCAUUGCAUAAUAAAUAAUAAACAAUAGUAGCUCUUAAUAAAUAGAUGGUUAACAAAUGAGUGGACUGCUUGCUCAUAUUUUCAUGAAGUAGCUGAGAAACGUUUAACAUAUUUAUCUUAAUUUUACUUAUCCAUUCUUCUUGCGUCAAAUAUGUUUUAUCUCAUCUGCAUUGUACAUUUUUAUUUACACUUGUACACUGUUUAUCUCCACUUCAUGAAAAUUAGUUAAAAAAAAAUAAAUUGAAAUAUAUACAUAUAUAUAUAUAAAUAUGUAUAAAUAUAUGUGUCUAUAUAUAUAUACGUAUAUGUAAUUAUUGUAAAUGCUGUAAUGUGACUCGAGGAAACCAACACGGAUAAAUUCAUAAGAGUUCUAUACGCAUAAAUAGACACUUUAUUAAAUGAAUGUCUAAUUUAUUUCUACUCUCUAAUUCUUUUUUAAACACUAUUUAGUCAAAUGCCCGUAAAGUGUAUUGUAGGUUGCUAAAGAAAAUUUGUCGUGGCCUACGUUUUUUUUCUGCUUCCUGUUCAAAUUCGCAAACAUCGUCCUCCUGUGUUGACACUAAUAAAGCAUUUUAAUAAUUAUUGUGUUUGGGGCUAACUUAGUUUUUAGUACAGUUGCAAAUAUAUUACAAUAAGAAAUUCUGAUACGAUACAUUAGUAUUUUUUUAUAUCGUAUAAACUGCAUUUGUAUGACAGCAUAAUUAUUAACAGAAUCGGAUACGAAAUACCUGCAAACAAGUACUUCCAUUCUUUGCGGCAAAAUGAAAAUAUAAUCAAAAGAUUAGAACAAUAGAGAGAUCCUACGGAUACAAACGCGAGCUACACUGUGAUAGUCUAUCGUACGUAUUUAUCGUUAAAAUGCAAUCAUUAGUGUUUAUAUUAGUUUUCUUUUUCUCAUGCAGAUUACAAUUGAACAACCUCAGAUAUAUACGAGUAGUCCGAAGUUAUAGCGAAUAUAAUUUUCAUUGUAAAUAUAUAUUUAAUAGAUAUAUAUACUUCAGAUACUCAUAUUAAUCAUUGUUAGGAACAUAACAGCUGUACAGUUGAUUUUAGAAUGUAAAAAGAGUAACAUAAAUGAAAGUUGAUUAAUUUAUCCUUGUCAUAUUAAACAUAAGAAUGGUACUAUGUGUAAUGGAAAUGAAAUAUGCAUAUAUAGACUAACAUAUUUUGUUUCAUAGCGUAUCAACUAUUGCUGUCUUAAGAUUACAAAAACGACAAAAAGCUCAAUAUUUUAAAUUGUUGACAAAAUGCAUCGAUCGUCUGUCUACUCACCCUUUAUCAAUAUCUGUAUACAAUCAAAGGCAAAGAUACAUAUGUCAAGUGCAGUGUAUAAUUUGAAAAAUUUCAGAAAUUUCAUACAUUGACGAAAUAAAGUUGUGUGAAUAUGUAAGAAAAAGAUACUCCAAUUUUCAUUUUUAAACAUAAAAUCAUACGCUUGAAAUGCAUUUACAUUAAUAUUCCGCAUGUAGUGCCGUAUUCUAUAGGUUAUAAGUAUCGAAGAUUUAUCGAUUUGACAUUCGAUCAAAUAUUUAUUAUCAUCAUGUUGUCAAGAAAGAAUAAAGAUUUAAGAACAAUUAAAGAAGGAGUUGUUGGAAAAUAUGUUAAAAAAGAGACUCCGCCUGAAAUGCCAAUCAUUAAUGUGUGGACAACAGAGCCAAACAGAAGAACAAGAAACCGUAACAAUCACCCAACCAUCCCAACAUCAAUGUCUAUUCCACAACAACCCAGUAUGGUACAAAAGUUUGGAAACACUAAAACAACAAUGAGUGCGGUAGGAUUAGGAAGUCACGAGGGAAAAUACACACCUAAUAGUUCUGUUCCAGAUUUAGCUCAGAGAUUUGCCAGUCUUUCUGUUAAUACUAGUACAAGAGAUGGAAUGCCAUCUCGUACUGCAACUCCAAUGUAUCAUACUGGACUCUCACCUGCUAUAUCUCACACUUAUGUUAAUCAGUAUGCCGGAUCUGAAUAUCAUUUAGAUAGAGUUCAAACACCUCAGAUGCCUUAUAAACCUUUGGAUAUUGACUCAGGUUAUGAAGACUAUAAUCAUUCAGUGUAUCAUCAAAGUACAGGAUAUAGCCGAUGCCAUUCAGAAAGGUCAAGCUCUAGGAAUGAACAACAAGAAGAGCUUCCUCUACCACCAGGAUGGUCUGUAGAUUUUACUCUUAGAGGUAGAAAAUAUUAUAUAGAUCACAAUACAAAAACCACUCAUUGGUCUCAUCCUCUUGAAAAAGAAGGCCUGCCUACAGGUUGGGAAAGAAUAGAAUCACCUGAAUACGGUGUUUAUUAUGUCAACCAUAUUACACGACAAGCGCAAUAUGAGCAUCCAUGUUACCCCCAUGAAAUACAAGCAGUGCGGGUUGUCUCGCCCCCGCGUCAUACACAUUUUCACUCGCACAGCGUUUUAGUUCCAGCUAAUCCUUAUCUUAAUGAAGAAAUACCUCAUUGGUUAUAUGUAUAUAGUAGAGCAUCAGUAGCAUUAGAUCGUAAGUUGCGAUGGGAACUUUUUCGUUUACCAGAACUUGACUGUUUCAAUGCUAUGCUAACUAGACUAUACAAACAAGAACUGGAGGAAGUAGUUAUGCGUUACGAAGAAUAUAGGUCUGCUUUGUUAUGCGAGAUGGAACAAAGACUAAAAGAAUUAAAUCCAGAAACUUCAGGAGCAAUUGCCUUACGUCAAUCUCUCCCUUAAAACUUAGUUAAGUAAAUACUUAUAUUUCCUGCGAUAAAAAUAAUUUCUGUAUUGUGAAUGAAAAAAUGGGUACAUAUAUUUUAUUAUCU